CUAAAUCCAAGCCUUGUUUAAAAAGAAAUUGGGAAAAAGACAAACAGGAGACUAAACUAUACAAAAUUGUGGGCCAUGUGGGCACUCAAUUAGUCAAGUCCAAAGGAAUUUCGCUGUCUCAAAAAUAAGGCCUACGGAAAUUGAAUGUCGGCCAACCUUAGGAAUGUUAUGCGAAAGGGUUUAGAGAUAGAGGGUGGUGGGAGAUUCUAGGAGCUUCUUGGUUUCUCCGGCGUUUAACCCGCGUCCCGGAAAUGGAUGGUGCGGAUGCAGUGAAGAUCAAGACCUGUCGUAGAAGCAAGACGGCUGACGUCGAUCGAGGGAAGUGUCUGGUCUAGGAUUCACCGGAGUGACGCCCUCAUUGAUGAGAGCUGCCGUUCGAGCCCCGUCGGAGUUGCUCGUGGUCUUUGUUACGCUGUCAUUCAAUGGUAGAGAGUCGUGUGUAUCAGGUGAGCUUUCCAAUUCCACCGACUUACUGUUUGUCUUUCUUGAAUGAAUCUGACCGAUUGAAGUUUCGUGUCGUUGCAUGUAACCGUUUUAUGGGUACGGUCUUCGAAGAUUUGAAAUUCCUGGGUUUGGAUCUGCUGUCAAGCUGUUGUUCAUUAGGCUCGAAAUCGGAUCCGGACUCACUGCUCGAUGAUAAGUUGUUGACAAUCACAUGCCCUUUUAUCUCUUCUCCGGCGACAGUCGCAACCCUAUUAUCUUGGGAUGCCUGCAAGCAACUUAGAACUUUAGAACUUGAAAGGGAAAAGAGAAAGAGAAGAGACCGUGAUUUUUCCAAUGGUAUUGAUUUUGGCAAGACUUUGCCAAGUAUUUAUAGCAAAGUGAACUGAAUACCAACUUGCCUACAUCGACCCAAGGAACAGGAAGUGGGAUUUGAUCGGGCUGAUUUUAUUUUUCGUUUUUUGAUGAGUCUUGUCUAAAUUUUGUAUAGUCAUAUUCCCAACAGGCUGAUGACUUGAUGAGUCUUGUCUCAUACACUGUGUGCCACCCAUUUCAACCAAUAAAAAACAAGGCAAUCCAAAUCGUGACUCAACAUCAUACCGUAUUAU